GCUGAGGGGCGGGACCGGAAGUGACGCAAACCCGCGGUGUGAAAGGUUAGCGGAAGUACAUUUUCUUCCUUUCUGCUGUAGGUCCUGUUUGGUGCAGUGGAAAUGGGCAAGUUCAUGAAACCCGGCAAAGUGGUGCUGGUCCUGGCCGGACGCUACUCUGGACGCAAAGCCGUCAUCGUGAAGAACAUCGACGAUGGCACCUCCGACCGCCCCUACAGCCACGCGCUAGUGGCCGGAAUUGACCGCUAUCCCCGCAAAGUGACAGCCGCCAUGGGCAAGAAGAAAAUCGCCAAGAGGUCAAAGAUCAAGUCUUUCGUGAAGGUGUAUAACUACAAUCACCUCAUGCCCACAAGGUACUCUGUGGACAUCCCCUUGGACAAGACUGUGGUCAACAAGGACGUCUUCAGAGACCCGGCCCUGAAGCGCAAGGCCCGCCGGGAGGCCAAGGUCAAGUUCGAGGAGAGAUACAAGACAGGCAAGAACAAGUGGUUUUUCCAGAAGCUUCGGUUUUAGAUGUGUUUUGUUUCCAUCAUUAAAAAGUUUUUUUUAAAAAUG